GGUAGCAUGUGAGUGUCAGAGCCGGGCGGGCACUAGCCGCAGUGCUGCAGGGUGGCCGACAAGAGAAAGAGCCGAAACUCCGGAUGCCCCCGAGUUUGGGGGACUGAAAUGAGGCGAUUACAGCGCUUGUUGAGGUAGAAUUACCAAGUGGAACUGGAGUAAUAUAUUCUAGAAGGUUGAAGGAGUCUAGACCAUCUUCUAGUCGGCACUAGAAAAUGGUAUUGCUGAAGUCGCCAGAUGGUGGAUGGGGCUGGGUGAUUGUCCUUGUUUCCUUCUUUACUCAGUUCUUUUGUUACGGGUCUCCGUUAGCAGUUGGAGUCUUAUAUCUAGAAUGGCUGGAUACUUUUGGAGAAGGGAAAGGAAAGACUGCUUGGAUUGGAUCCCUUGCAAGUGGAGUUGGAUUGCUUGCCAGUCCUGUCUGUAGUGCAUGUGUGUCUUCUUUUGGAGCAAGACCUGUGACAAUCUUCAGUGGGUUUAUGGUGGCUGGGGGCCUGAUGAUGAGCAGUUUUGCACCGAAUAUCUAUUUUCUGUUUUUUUCAUAUGGAAUUAUUGUUGGGCUUGGCUGUGGCUUAUUAUAUACAGCAACAGUAACCAUCACCUGUCAGUAUUUUGAUAAACGCAGAGGCCUUGCACUUGGUUUGAUUUCAACAGGUUCAAGUGUUGGACUUUUUAUAUAUGCAGCAUUACAAAAAGAACUCAUUGAGCUAUAUGGACUAGAUGGAUGUUUGCUAAUAGUUGGUGCAUUAUCUCUAAAUAUACUAGCAUGUGGAAGUCUAAUGAGACCUUUGGAGUUAUCUGAUUCCCCUUUGCCAGAAAAAUCAUGCCUAGAAAAAGUUCCAGAUCAAUACUUGAUUUACUACGAGAAGGAAAAUGUUGAAGAAAAUACAAGCAUCCUAGAAAAGGGCUGCAAUGAAGAAAAAUGUGUGAAUAAUAUGUCCAGUCAUGAUUGCAAACAGGACAGUAUUUUAAAUAAGAAUGGAUUAAUAUCAAUACAUGCAAAAGAGACAGACACUUAUAAACAGAAAGUUGUAGAACAAACAUACUUUUGCAAACAGCUUGCCAAGAAGAAAUGGCAACUGUAUUUAAACUACUGGGAAGAAACAUUGUUUCUUUUUAAAAACAAAGUAUUCUCAUCCCUUUUUAUUGCCAUUUUACUUUUUGACAUUGGUGGAUUUCCUCCUUUACUGCUUAUGGAAGAUGUCGCAAGAAGUUCAAACAUUAGUGAAGAAGAAUAUGUUAUGCCUCUUAUCUCCAUUCUAGGGAUUAUGACUGCAGUUGGUAAACUUGUUUUAGGAGUACUGGCAGAUUUUAAAUGGAUUAAUACUUUAUACCUAUAUGUAAUUACCUUAAUAAUGACUGGCGUGGCCUUGGUUGCAAUUCCAUUUGCCAAAAGUUACAUUAUGUUGGCAAUACUUUCUGGAAUUUUAGGUUUUCUCACUGGGAAUUGGUCAAUUUUUCCAUAUGUAACCACAAAGACUGUGGGAAUUGAGAAACUGGCACAUGCAUAUGGGAUAUUAAUGUUCUUUGCUGGACUUGGAAAUAGCCUUGGACCACCAAUUGUUGGUUGGUUUUAUGACUGGACACAGACAUACGACAUUGCAUUCUGCUUUAGUGGACUUUGUGUUCUGCUGGGUGGACUUCUUCUGUUGGUGGCAGCUCUGCCAUGCUGGGACAACUGUAAUAAUCAGAGUGCAAAGCCACCUCCAAAUACUUACUCCUACACGGUUGCAUCUAGUGUUUAAAUGGCAGCUGGAAAACACUUCAAUGCCUUUUUAUACUAUGUACUAUAUAGCAAAAUGUUUUAGUAAUUUUUCCACUUAUUUAUGAAAUACAAAAAUCCUUUUACAAAUAGAAAAAAAUCCAAUGAUGCUUGACAUUCAUUUUUUAAGAAUGGUCUUGCUUUAUCUACUGUAGACUCUGGGUUUAUCUACACUACAAUAAGAAACCUGUAGCACUGAGUCGCAGAGCCUGCAUCAGCUGACUUGAGCUGGGGGCACGGGGUAUAAAAUUGCAGUAUAGAUAUUUUGUGAGUGGGCCUGAGCCUGGGCUCUGAGACCCACCCCCCAUCAUUGGGUUUCAGAGCCUGGGCUUCAGUGUGAGCCUGAAUGUGUGUCUACAUUGCAAAUUACAGCCUUUCAGACCAAGCCCCAUAAACAUGAGUCAGCUAGCCAAGGCCAGCCACAGCUGUGCCAAGGCUCUCUUAUUGCAGUGUAGCUGUACUCCAUGUGUUCAGCCUCCAUCUACUGUAACUUCCUUUCACCCAGUAAUGGGGAUAUUCUGCUGUAUUAUCAGCUGUAUUUUUUUGUUGUUUUUAUGGGGAAAAAUGUUGUGCUGUAGCAAUUUGGAAUAUAUUAGAAGGCCUUUUUCUUAAUGGAAAAUAAUGGCACUAAUGUCUCCCUUCAGAGGUUUCCAAUAGUUGUACAAUGAGAGGCUUGAAAAAAAUACCUUAUCACCUAGAAUGCAAUACAUUGAUGAGGUGUUUAUAUCAUGGUAAGGUAAAUGUUUCCUUUUUUUAAGGUUCCCUGCUUUAUUGUAAAGUUCUAAUGAGGAAAAACCUCUAUUGUAUAACUGAAGUAAACAUUAUGGUAAAACUUAACAUUUUGCAUACCACUGCAAACUAAGAUGCUAUGCUCCAAAUAUUUUGCUGCACACUUUUUGAAGUUUGUUUAAAAACUGUUGAACCAAAAUCUUUCAAAUCAAGGAAUAAAUAUGAUUUUUGAAACCACCUUAAACUUUGAC